UACUUUUUAUAUUUUCAUUUUUUUAUUAAUUCAUUUGUUUAUUUAUUUAGUUAGUUUUAGCUACCACGUAAUGUCAGUACCCCAGACGCUUGAUGUACGCAUUUUGUGACAAACAUACGUAAAAUAAAUACCUCUAUAGGUGUGUAAUGCUUUGUUUUAUCAAUAAAAUAAAAUCAUGGCUGGUGCGGGAGAACCGAACCUGUCGGCCACUCGUCAGAGUCCUGUCCAAGUUGCACAGUUGCGUGUGUUGCUGCCAUUCCAGUCUGAAAUGCUAGGUAGUUAAGUUAAACAAUAUUGUACUACCUUUUUCAUUGGAUACUGUUAUCAUUAGUAAUUUCACAGACGCGACGUACGUUUCUGGACAUUUUGUAAUAUGCUUGAAAUAAUGGCACACAUUUUCAUGACAUGCUUACCGCUGUGAAUGACUGACAGUGGAAUAUGGAUGGACCGAGCAUGGGUAGAGAGAUACGCGUCACGCGAAUACGUGUCUCAUACCAGUAGCGGACAAGGCAUAACCACGAUCAAGUCCUCGCAGUCGCCUCACUACCUCAGUGACUCAGUCGCCUGCCUCAGCUUCUCAAGUGUAAACCCGCCUCGGUACGUCGAUAAUUUUGCUCGUAGCUACGCUUACUUCACGUACAUGUCGCAAUUCGAUGGUUGCCUAGCUUUCUACAAGCAACAAUGAGCAAAAAGUACGCACAACAUUUUAGAGCAGAGUGGUUAAAAGACCCAAAUUAUGAGAAAUGGUUGCGGAGAGUAGAAGGUGAUGAUACGAAAUGUGUUUGUAAGUACUGUCAUUGCACACUGUCUGCAAAACGUAGUGACAUUGAUAGACACAGACAGACAUUAAAACAUAAGAAAGCAGAGAAACCUUUCAGUACCGAAAGACAAGGCACAAUACCAUUUGAAAAAGUGAGUAGUGACACACAUGUGACUGAAGGAAAUGUAUCCCUAUUCAUUGCAGAACACUGUUCAUUACGUGUUGUUGAUCACCUCAGUGAGCUGUGCAAAGUAAGAUUUGCAGAUAGUAAGGGAUGCAAGGAUUUCAAGCUAAAGAGGACAAAGUGCAGUGCUAUUGUGUGCAACGUGCUUGCUCCACACUUCAGCAGUGAUUUGAAAGAUGACAUUGGUGAUCAAAAGUUCAGUCUCUUAAUUGAUGAGAGUAAUGACAUUACAGUAACCAAGCUACUAGGAAUUGCUAUUAGAUUUUACUCAAGAAGUAAGAAAAAAAUUGUAGUGACAUUUUUGGACCUUGUUGAACUCCCAGACUGUGAUUCUACUGGAAUAUGUGAUGCCUUGAAAAGAUCCUUGAAAAAUAAUGGACUGGAGUUACAAAAGCUCACUGCUAUAGGGACUGAUAAUGCUUCUGUUAUGACGGGAGUUAACAGUGGAGUGUAUGCAAAACUCAAAACAGAAGUUCCUCAUCUCAUCCUUAUUAAGUGUGUCUGCCAUUCUUUGCAGUUAGCUGUGUCUCAUGCAACAGCUCAGUGCCUCCCUAGAAACCUAGACUUUUUGAUUAAAGAGACUUAUAAUUGGUUUUCCCACUCUGCUAUCCGCCAAGCUAGAUACAAGGAAAUAUUUUCUCUGAUAAAUGAUGGUCAAGCUCCACUUAAAUUAAUUCACCUGAGCCAGACUCGAUGGCUUUCAGUUGAAUCGGCAAUAGUCAGAAUUUUGCAACAAUGGCUUGAACUUAAGACUCACUUUGGCAUGGCAAGACAUGGUGAAAAGUGUUACACAGCUGAGAUCCUGUAUGGAAUGUUUUGUGACAAGGAAAACUAUGCAUUCCUUGUAUUUCUGAAACAUAUUCUGGGAGAAGUUCAGCGAGUUAAUAAGAAAUUUGAAGCAGAGGUACAAGAUCCAACGAAACUACUGAGUGACCUUCUUCAUCUUAUUGAUUCUAUGAAGUCAAAGGUCCUCAUCCCAGGUAAAACAUUAAAGGCAGGGAGUUGAUUGAAAGCUACUUGGACCCACGUCCUUACUUGGGAUAUGAGUUUGAAAAGGAGAUGUCAGAAUGCAAAUUUCCUCAUGAAAACAAAUAAGACAAAGAUGUGUAAGUUUUGUUGUGGAGCUAAUCAAACAGCUUGAGCAACGUCUGCCUGACAAUGUUCAAGUCUUGCAGUCAAUGUCCUUACUGAGUGCAGGUGAAUGCUUGCAACCCAUAAAGCCUGGAAUAAUAGAUCUAGCAAAGAUGUUCACUGAGAGUGAUGAAAUUUUGACACGAAUUGACUUCCAGUGGAGAAAUCUACAUAAAAUACUGUGGAAGAAAAAUACUGACACAUCAGAACUCUGGGCUGAAAUAUCUUCGCACACAGAUGCAACUGGAGAAAACCCCUUCAGUGAUCUUGCAGAAUUGGCUUUGACUGUCCUAACACUACCUCACUCGAAUGCAGAUGUGGAACGCAUCUUCAGUCACAUGAAUAUCGUGAAGUCAAAGCUACGAAAUCGGCUGAGUAUCAAAAGCUUAAAUGCGUUGCUGACUAUUAGAUAUGGACUACGAAGAAAUGGAAGCUGCUGCUAUGAUUACAAACUGCCUAAGGAAGUACUUCAAAGUAUUGGAACACUUAAAGCAUACGAGUCAUCACAAUCUCCAGCAGGAUGCUCACACACAACCACAGCAGAGUGCCGCCACAGACGAAGAGAUUGGAGACUGGGAGCUGGCAGAUUUGGAGUAAAAAUCCUGGCAGCGCUGGUGUUGUCCACGCUGGCGGCGGUGGGAGUGACUUUACCGCGGCCGCAGGAAGGGCAACAUGACGAUUACGAUGGUCCAUGGCCCGUCAUUCCCUACGAAUAUGCUUUCGAGAUCUCCGACGAGGCCAGCCUGACGUAUUACAGCCGUACAGAAACGAAGCUACCAAAUGGCGAUGUUUUCGGGUCCUGGGCUGUGCUGCUUCCCAAUGACGAUAUCCAGACGGUGGUGUACAAUGUUACAGAUGGGCGAGGCUUCAAACACACCAUCACUUACUCCCCUGCAGAGGAGUUUGGUCUUUAUAGAUAAGGAUGCUCUCUCUCUCUCUCUCUCUCUCUCUCUCUCUCUCUCUCUCUCUCUUAAUAGGUCUAGUUAUUUAUUCGCGUGUAUAUAUUCGUUACUCAUUGCCGUGUUUCUUAAGUCUUCAUCGUUCUUCCUCCUCUCGUAUCUGCUAUUCCAGUGAUAUUUCUUACAUCUUACCCCUUCAAUACUGCGAUUUUUACCUGAUUUUUGGGUAUGACUAAACGAUUUUAUAUGCAUUAGGAAGAGUCUAUGGAGGUCAAAAGAUUAACGGCCAGAGUCUUCACUAUUUUAAUCCCCACACAAGUUUCUGAAGCUGUAUAAAAUCACCAAAUAGUACGCAGAAUGAAUAUAGAAACGUGGCAUGGUACUGAAGGGGUUAAUGUGUUACAGAAUCAAUGACUAUUUUCCUUUCCUAUACUAAGCCACACUUUUCUAUUCAUAUACAGUAAUGCCUCUAUUCUUUCUUCUAAACUUCUCUUCUUUAACGGGUGGAAGCUAAUUCAAAGGGAAGUUUUAUUACACACACACACACACACACACACACACACACACACACACACACACACACACACACACACACACACCAUUCACUUCAUUUCAUUUUCAUAUUUUUUUCUGUAAUUCACCCCUUGUACUUCAGUAAAUUCCCCCACCCCCUUUUUUCUCUCUCUCUCUCAAACAACACAUACAAAAAAAAAAAAUUCCCUCACUACUCAGCCUCCAUAUAGGUCACCUGGGUCAGUGUUUUAUUCCCACUUGUGUGGUGUGUUACUUUCUACACCUGGGGUUGUUCAAUUUAAGACAUGGUGGAACUCAACUGACAAUCACUUUUAUCUCACAAUGCAAGACAUCUACAGGUCAUCCUUUCACUUUCUAUGCUUCCCUCUCUACUCCUUUCAUUUCUAGCGAUCACAGUCCAGUUUAAUGGAAUGAGUUUCAUUUUGAGUCUGGCUUGAAGAUCUAUUUGCUUCUUGUGACCUAAUUAGAGUUGUGUGUGGAUUCUGCUGUUGUUGUUGUUGUUAUUGUUGCUGUUGUUAUGUUGUGAUCAAUGUAUCAUCAGUCCUGGUUGACUGUCUUUAGAAGCAUUUAUGUUUUGUUUCUCAUAUAUAUAUAUAUAUAUAUAUAUAUAUAUAUAUAUAUAUAUAUAUAUAUAUAUAUAUAUAUAUAUAUAUAUAUAUAUUAGUAUUGUUAAAUGUUUACAGAUUUAUAUACCUAAUUUAAAUAAAAUUGUGCCAGUUCUACUUUGUGUUUCAACACAGAGACAACUUGAAUGGGUAAUUUUACUGCAAACAAAAUGUCAAGUAAAGAAUUUAAGUCAAUUCUUUUAUAUCAAACUUUUUAAUUUAAUAAGAGCAGUGUAUCAAGCAAACAUCUUAUCAACAUUUCAUACUGAAGUAUCUCUAUUUCUUGACCAGACAAGGCCCAAAAUAAAUUUACUA